AAUGCGGUCAUUGUACGCUCGGACACCAAGAUAACAGCUGAAGUUAUCAAGGCAGGUACCGCAGACGGUGGACAGUUGAAGGCGGUGGGACGCGCUGGCGCAGGAGUCGACAAUAUUGAUGUGGCUGCAGCUACAAGCCAUGGUGUGGUUGUAUUAAAUACACCAGGAGGAAAUUCCAUUUCAGCUUGUGAGCUGACUUGUCUGCUAAUUGGCGCUUUGGCGCGACCAAUUGUGCCGGCAGCACAAAGCUUGAAGGAGGGUCGUUGGGAUCGCAAGUUGUACAGUGGCACGGAAUUGUAUGGCAAAACGCUGGCGAUCAUCGGUUUAGGACGCAUUGGACGCGAAGUUGCCAUACGCAUGAAGACAUGGGGUAUGCGUACGAUUGGCUACGAUCCGAUAACAACCGAAGAAGAGGCACGCGCAGCAGGCAUUGAAAAAAUGGAAUUGGAUAGCAUUUGGCCCUUAGCCGAUUAUAUCACCGUACACACACCACUAAUACCGCAGACUAGGAAUUUGAUUUCGACUCAAACGCUGGCGAAGUGUAAGCGUGGCGUUAAGGUGGUGAAUGUGGCACGCGGUGGUAUUAUUGACGAGCAAGCCGUUUUAGAUGCAUUCGAAACUGGCAUUUGCGGUGGCGCCGCCUUUGAUGUGUUCCCUGAAGAGCCGCCAAAGUCGGAGGUGACCAAAGCGUUGAUCGCGCAUCCGAAAGUGGUAGCGACGCCACAUUUGGGCGCCAGCACAGCUGAGGCACAGGUGCGUGUGGCAGUCGAAGUUGCUGAGCAAUUCAUUGCAUUGACCGGAAAGUCACCGAAGUACACAACAUAUCCUGGUGUCAUAAAUAAAGAUGUAUUGAAAGCUAAUUAAGAGUAUCAAAUAAAUUUGUAUUUAAUCUUGCCAUCAAAGAUCGCUAGUUUUGUGUCACAGUUUAUGUAUUAUGCAAUUUUAUAUUAGAAUAAAUACAAAGUAUGUAUGUAUUGCAGAAGCAGGAAUGCCAUUAAUAAAUAUUUUCUAUUACAAACGUAA